UACAAAAGCACAACCAGGACACAAGUAGCAAGCGAUAGGAAUAAGAUACGCCAUGGACGGCUCUGUUCACGAGACGCCGGCUCGGGCAUGGUCAAGACUGAUGAGACUUGCUCUCGAGGUGGUCUUCUCUGGCGACUCGCCUGUCUCUCCAUAACCGUUAGUUAUUCCCGUUGCGCCGUCACCCAGCGUGCGCGUACGCGUCAUUUCCCAAGGAUCCAGCUUCUAUUGGAGACCUUUCUAUCGGACCCUGGAAGAUUAAACCAUAAGUCAGCCAAACCCUGCAACCCACCAGUGAGCAAAAGGAGCGGAGCAUGUGUAAUCCCAAAAACUUGUCUCGUUAUCGACGAAGGGGCGGUGAAGAUCUUCAGUCUGGUUGCUGUUCUGGUGGUGGUGUUCGUCCAGCGAGCAGCACGCGUCCCUCCACGUGCCUCGACCUCUGCGAUCCUUCUUCCUUCUGAAUUCCUUUACUCCUUCCACGUCCCCCUCUCGGUACUAAAAUACGACUACGACUACGAAGAUAAUAUCCAAACAGACAGACAGAAGAUAGGUAAAAAUGUCUCUGUGGACGGAAUUUGGUUCAGGUGGUCGCCUUCCGGCCGGAGUACCUGCCGUUUAUGUUUAUUCCUUGGAAUGUGUCGAGUCUGAUCUGCGAAGUGCAACACGUGGAUUCUGAGAGGAAAGACGUGGUUGGGACGGACGGGUUUAUAAAU